CACGCACUGUACGACCUUGUUUUUGUUGAUGUUUAAUUUGAGUGCGACUGCGCGCCGCUCAAUGCUUUCGCCGUUGCUGACGCGACUUUGGCAGGAGACAGAAUAUGAGCAAAUCUUGCGAAACUGAGUAGGUUGCGGGGCCGAAGUGGGAAAUACUUUUAGGUUCACGGCUCCACGGACAAGCUCGUUUUGCGAUAAUCUUAGCCAGCCAGCGAUUAAUUCCCCUGCCCCGUAUGUGAUCGCCCUUCUCCGCCGUCGGACGUUGCCACUGAGGGCCAAGAAACAAAAUAGCAUAUCGACAUUAUAUGAUCCAGUGUCCAGCGUCACUUUUACCCUCCAUGUGGGUGAGGGAACUGUGUGUGUCAGAUUAUGGCGAGAAAAACAGUUAGCAGGAAAAGGAAGGCAGGAGAGCCCAAGGACCAACAACAGCUGGGUUGGCGUCAGCCACCACACAAGAGGAGCCGUGGAUCUUGUUCGUCACGUCAUGCCCAGCACUGGUGGUGCAGUCAGCACUCUGUUGUAUGUGCUCUCCGGGGUCGAGAGUUCAGGCCUCAACAACAGCAUGAGUUGCGGUUGCAACAAAGCCUGCGAGGGUUUGCAGCUGGCAGGCUCCCUGGCAUCCUCAAGGAGAAAGAGUUCUCUCUGGGGCGACUCAACAAGGUGUUUGCUUCGCAAUGGCUCAACCAUCGGCAAGUGGUGUGCGGGACCAAGUGCAACACGCUUUUUGUAGCUGAUGUCCAGACUGGCCAGAUAACGCGCAUCCCCAUGCUGAAGGACAGGGAGUGCCAUGGUGGAGUUUCUGGGGUGGUGGGUGCAGUGGUGGCAGGCCGUCAUUACCAUUCAACAGCAGGCUCUCGUUCCCGGAUGGACCAGCAGGGCUGUGGUAUCCAUGCUAUUGAACUCAACCCCUCCAGAACACUGCUUGCCACUGGAGGGGACAACCCUAACAGCCUGGCCAUCUAUCAACUGCCCACAUUGGAUCCUGUUUGUGUUGGAGAUGAUGGUCACAAUGAUUGGAUAUUUUCUAUAGCGUGGAUCAGUGACAACAUGGCAGUUUCUGGGUCCAGGGAUGGCUCUAUGGGUCUGUGGGAGGUGACAGAGGAAGUAAUGAGCCAGGCGCAAAGGAGUCAGAAUGAGGAGGCAGUACCCUCUUAUGCCCAUAUCUCCCAUCGUGCCCUUAAGGAUAUCCCGAAGGAAUACACCAACCCAUACAACUGUAAAGUCCGCGCUCUGGCCUUCAACAACAACCAUAAAGAACUGGGUGCUGUAUCCUUGGAUGGCUAUUUCCACCUCUGGAAGGCUGAACACAGCUUGUGCAAGCUACUGUCCACCAAGCUUCCUCACUGCAAGGAGAAUGUGUGUCUGGCGUAUGGACAGGACUGGUCGGUGUAUGCUGUAGGCUCUCAGGCCCAUGUUUCUUUUCUGGAUCCACGGCAGCCUACACAAAGUAUCAAAUCUGUUAAUUCCAAAGAAAGAGGAAGUGGAAUCCGUUCAGUAAGUUUCUAUGAGCACAUAGUGACAGUGGGCACUGGCCAAGGUUCCCUUCUCUUCUAUGACAUCCGUGCUCACAGAUUCCUGGACAACCCUUUGAAUACAACCGGAGGUUACCGGAAGUGCUCAGGGGAGGGCAUCCUUAAGCUCACCACCGGGAACGGCUGGCUGAACCAUGAUGAGACAUGGAGAAGUUACUUCUCAGACAUUAAUUCCUUCCCAAAUGCAGUGUACACCCACUGCUACGAUGACUCUGGCACCAAGCUGUUUGUGGCAGGUGGACCACUCUGCUCUGGCCUGCACGGCAACUACGCAGGACUGUGGCGUUAGCCUCAUUGUCUCCUCACUGCACUACAUCCAGACUUUUACUUAACCUUUUUCUCCAUCCCUGAUCUCUUUCAGUUCCAUUGUGACAACACUGUCCUUUUGCUCAUUGCUCAUUUAAUUGUCACUCUUUUGCUCACACGUGGACUCAGGAGCAUGAUCUGUCCCACAGCACAACACAUGUCUUUGUGUCCAUCAUUACACUGUCUUCUCACUUCUAAUUAUUUUUCAUGUCAACUACAGCUAUGUUUUAGAUAAAACUGUACAAAUAACUAAUAAGAAAAUUUCAAGAGCAAAAUCUGCCUUUGAGAAUCUCAGAAAGAUUUUGAAAAACAUUAAUAAUAAAAGUAUGUACGUUCUCAUCUUUCAAAACAGUUACAUCAAACAUGCAGGAACUAGGUUUUGGUAAUUAGCUGGCUUUUUUUAAAUUAAAGAAAGAAUAUCAUUUACCACUGCUUCCUCUUCGAUAAAUGACAAUGCAUUUGUGUAAUGCUCGUGGAGCUCUCCAAAACAAGUUAAUUCUGCCACUGGAGUGGACGGCAAUAAGACGGGAAGAGGGAGGACUGCAGAGACAGAUCAGAUCAUUAGAAGGACUGAACUGGAGUGCAGUUUGACAUUUCAUAGGUAAUAUUUACUGUUUGGACAACAAUCACAGAAAAAAACUUGUUUUUUCGGGUGGAAAGUGAAGAAGCAAACCUAAGUGGGACUUUGUGUGCGUGUGUUUCACACUGAGGUGAUGCAAAGGAGAAAGCUGAAGCUUGAUGGUUCUACCAGGAAUGGAUCCCCAAAAAAAUGCUUGUUUUAUUUUUUAUUUUGACUGUGUGAUUUGAGAGGUGUAUUCCUACUGAUAUCUAACUUGCUUUAAGUAUUUAUUUCCCUUGUCUCUGUCACCUUUAUUCAGUUGGUCGAGCUGUCUAUAUCUGCUUCUCCUGGAUUAUGUUCCAACUAUCAUUGACCGGAAUGUUUUUGUUAGGUUUGUCUGUGGACUGAACAAGUCCCCUUCUGUAACAUUACUGGUGAUGAUGAACUUGUGUAAGUCAUGCUUGCAAGUAUUAUCACAUGAUGAUUGAUAGUUAAUUAUUCAAAUUAACACCCCCCACCCACACACACAUUACUGGGACUCCCAAGAUUUAAGGAGAAAAUCUGCGGUAGCUCACUUUCUUCUAGCAGGAAUUAGGAGGGUUUUGUUUUUUGCAGGGAUGAGAGCUGCGCCCUGAAGUUUAGAUGCUCAAGGUGCUCCUUUUGUAACAAAGAGUGAGUGGCUCUGCUCCUGUCCUCAGAACAGACAGGGUAGGCUUGAGUUACAUUUUUGCCUUUCUCAAGUCUUUCUGUGAAAGACUGCCUCAGGCGAUCAUAGUUUUCCUUUUCUACAUGGAACUUGUCUCCAGUUUUCAUGAUAAUGACAGCUUCAAAAAAGUAACCCUAAUUACGACCGUGAAUUUAACAAAACACUUUUAAAGUGUAUUUUAUAUAAAUGUGUAAAUGUAUACAUUUUUAUGUAAAUGUCUGAGGAUGUGUGUGGAUUGAUCUUUUUGGUGGUGCCCUGUUUUUUUUAUACACACCUCAUUAAUGUUUUUACAAAUGACUGAAGCAGAAGAUAUUGUAAGAUGUAAACAUCUUAAAGGCAAUUGAAUCUUUAAAAUAAUUAAAUAAAAAUGUAUAUUAAUGUAA